AUGCCCAAUACACCCCGAUACUCAAUCGAGUCGGUAACCAUGAACCACGACCAGGAACCUGUGGAGGGUGUAGUCCUUGUGGACCCUGAAUAUGUAAAGGAUCGAAAAGUUUUCAUUCAUCUCCUCGGCGCUUUCCGGUAUGGACGGGAUGAGGUAGAUCUGUUGGGCUUGAGCUACCACAAAGAUAUAUACCUGUCCACAAAACAAGUUUAUCCGACGACCUCACAUCCGAUUGUCAGUCAUCAUGAAUCAUCUGAUAUAGUCGGUAACGGCUUGAAGAACACAGAACCUCCCACUCUAACCCGCCUUCAAGAACGGUUAAUCCGCAAACUGGGUGCAAAUGCCUAUCCAUUUUAUUUUCAAGUGAGUCUGUUCAAUAUAUGUGAAUGA